AGAACACAAGCUCAAGUUACAUAAGUAAAUACUCUAGUUCCAUAUAGUAUAAUAUAGUCUACAAAAACGAAUCUGUGUCUUGUUUUGAGUUCGUGGGUUAACAUAUAUGUAUACACAGUUGAUGGGAAGAACUGGGAUCGCCAAAGCACCAAAGCUCCUGUUAAGGAGUUGGAGGCAAGUUCAAGGGCGUUCAGGGAUAAGCAGCAAAGCGGCAAAACCAAAUCCGACGACGGUCGUCGUUGACUACUCUGAAGAUAUUUCCGAUCAUCAUAGAGUAGAGACCAACUGUGGUGGCGAAGAGGAGUGGGUCCCACACCCACGUACCGGAAUAUUCUUUCCGCCGGGACAAGAGUCGGUGAUGGACGGCGUCCCUGAUGGUGCUGCUUCCUUUGACAUGACGUUUUGGCUCAGGAGCGUCGACGGUGUGGAUAAACCUGAUCCUGACCAUCAUUCCCCUAAUUGAAUUUUUUUUUUCUUAAUAAAUGAUGGGACUAUAGUAUAAAGUAAUUAUAGCAAAAAAUAAAUAAAUCCAAGGAAUGGUAUGUACUACCCAACGUUUGACUAUGAUAAUUUACAAUACUUAAA